GCCCUCACGGUUCGAAGGUUUACGGCUGCUCGCUUUUGCUAUUUUUCUUCUAUCCUGAUGAGCAAAAACAAAAAAACAAGGUUCGUCAGUAACUAGGAGGGGGUGCGGAUUGAAAGUGAAACAUUAACCAAUAGAAAAUGUUUUAUAAUGCUGGGUUUGGAGCCUCGCAGUCACACAUUGCAGAGCGAAGGGCAGCCUGGAUAUCAUUCGCUGUACUAAAACUUCACCCAGGGAGUUCUGCAGAAGGAAAAGGAAGACUUGCUCCAGCAAAAUGGAAAAGAAAGACCAGCAAGACAGAGCACUUAAUGACGUCACAGCGGCCAGAAAGAAAGUCCCGAGGCUGUGUGGAACCAACUAUCCCCUGAGCAUCGCUUUCAUCGUGGUGAACGAGUUCUGCGAACGCUUCUCUUAUUAUGGCAUGAAAGCUGUGCUGACCCUGUACUUCAUGAACUUUCUUCACUGGGAUAAGGACCUGUCCACAGCUGUCUACCAUGCCUUCUCCAGCCUUUGCUAUUUCACACCCCUCUUUGGAGCUCUAAUAGCCGACUCGUUCCUUGGGAAAUUUAAAACUAUCAUAUACCUCUCCAUUGUUUAUGUAACUGGACACAUCAUCAAGUCUGUUGGUUCAAUACCGACAGUGGGAGACCAGACAAUGCAUGUAGUCCUGUCAAUGGUCGGCCUGGUCCUCAUAGCUCUCGGGACGGGAGGAAUCAAGCCCUGUGUCGCUGCUUUUGGAGGAGACCAGUUUGAAGAAAAACACGUGGAUGAGAAGAGAAAGUUCUUUUCAAUCUUCUAUCUGUCCAUUAAUGCAGGAAGUGUGAUAUCAACGUUUGUCACCCCUCUGCUACGAGGUAAUGUCCAGUGCUUUGGAGGGGACUGUUACGCUCUUGCGUUUGGCGUUCCCGCCGCUCUGAUGGCUGUUGCGCUGGUUGUGUUUAUUGCUGGCAGUGGAAUGUACAAGAAGCGUCCUCCACAAGGAAACAUUAUAGUGGAUGUCUGCAAAUGUGUUGGAUUUGCAGUAAGCAAUCGCUGGAAGCAUCGUUUUAGUCAUUUUCCAAAGAGGCAGCACUGGCUUGACUGGGCUGAAGAAAAGUACCAGAAGCCUCUGAUCACAGAGAUUAAGAUGGUCUCCAGGCUGCUGUUCCUGUACAUCCCUCUGCCAAUGUUCUGGGCUCUGUUCGAUCAGCAGGGAACCCGCUGGACUCUGCAGGCUGCCAGAAUGAACAUGGACUUUGGCGGGUUUGUGUUACAGCCUGAUCAAAUGCAGACUCUGAAUGCCUUGCUGAUUCUGCUCUUCAUCCCUGUCUUUGAUAUGGGCCUCUACCCACUGGUAGGGCUGUGCAACAUAAAGUUCACGCCUCUUAAGAGGAUGACAACCGGCAUGGUCCUGGCAGCAAUUGCGUUUGCAGCAGCAGCGCUGGUGGAAAUAAAAGUCAAUGAAACGGUGAUCCCAGCACCAGCUGCCCGAGAGAGUUUGCUUCAGAUCCUGAACCUGGCGGAGGACAGCGUUCACGCUCACCUCCCGGGGAGCGCCCUCUCUGGAGAUCCAAUCCAUCCUUUUCAGGAUCCUCUAGAGUACCAGACGCUGAAGCUGAAUGCAGACUCUGAAACCCUGAACUUCACUGUGACGUACAAAGAAACAACGUUUCCUUGCAGCCAACACUUCACUGGAGGAAAAGCAUACAGUUUAGUGCUGUACAACGAUAGCACAGGUCUUGCAUGCAAACUUAUGCAAGAUGAAAUUCAAAAGCCUGCCAAUGGACAUGCAGCUUUAAGAUUUAUCAAUGGCCAUUCAGAGAAUGUUAACAUAACCGUGGGUGAAGAAGACUUUGGGGCAGUGUUGACGGGCUGUGACGUCUCUCCCUACAGAACACUCGAGAGAGGAGAGUACAGUGCAAAAAUAAAAGUUGGCUUAAGUGGGACUAGCCUUGACGUGGGACUGGGGCUGCUUGACUUUGGUGCCUCAUACACUGUUAUUAUAACAGGGACCUCUGCCACUACUGUCCACAUCAACACAACCCAAGAUAUCCUUGCAAACAGCCUGCACAUAGGCUGGCAGGUCCCGCAGUAUGUGCUGAUAACAGCCGGUGAGGUCCUGUUCUCCAUCACUGGGCUUGAGUUCUCCUACUCACAGGCCCCAGCCAGUAUGAAGGCGGUCCUCCAGGCUGCUUGGCUGAUGACCGUGGCUUUCGGGAAUGUGAUUGUGCUGAUUGUAGCUCAGGGAGCAGUGCUGGAACAGUGGGUAGAGUUUGUUCUGUUUUCCUGUCUCCUGUUUGGGGUCUGUAUCAUCUUCUCAAUCAUGGCGUAUUUCUACACCUAUGUGGACCCGGAGGAGCUCGCUGAGCAAGACAAGAGAGAAGAGGAAGAAAAAGCAAAGAAGAAAGAGAAAGAGCUCGGAUACCAGGAGCUGGAUGCCUUCAAGAAAACCAAAAUGUAGCCACACAUGUUCGGAGUAGAGACACGUGCAAACAACAAUGAUCCAAGAUCAGCUCUUGAACUCGCACUGUUAUCCCCUGCUCCUGUCUAAUUGUCUAAUCAGCAAACCACAAUCAUCAAUCACCAGCAGAACACUUAAGAAGAAAGAGUGACUACUCUGUAACCACACUGGAUAAUCUUAUACAGUUAAAAAGUAAGCAGACCAUUUUACUAGUGUGCACUGGUCUGGGAAGAUAUUACUUCACACAUUACUAUUGUCAAUUUCCUUAUAUAUGUUUUACGAUUAAAACAUGUUGUAUUGCUUUUCUUUUUAAUAAAUGCUUCCCAUGUUUUUGUU